AAUGAAACUGCGCGGAGCCGGUCUUGCAAACAUAGCUAUGACAACCCCUGGACUCGCGUUGCCAUGUGAGUUAACUGCGCUUGUUUUACAAGGGAGACAAGUGAUGAAAAUCGUCUUCAUAAGUUGUUCUUUCUUGAGUUUGGAUUUUUAAAUAACAGGAUGUCAUUGACAAGAUUAAUUAUCUGGCACCUGACCUUCCAAGCCGGGGCAGCCUUGAUUCCUCUUUUCGACGUCCAACGACUUCCGGUCAAAGAAGAAGGUUCGUCAUCGGGUCAACCUGACAAGACAAAGUUAGCCUCGCGAGAUUUAUUAGGACCGGACAAGGAGGUUAUCUCGCAGCCUGACAUGUCGCUGAUGACCCCAAGAUCCCUCAAGCCUUUAAAAGAGGGGAGCGAACUUAUCAGCAGUGAUAUCUUCAAUGACCCCGAAGGCAGGGAGAUAAUCGAUGACGCUCAUCAAGACAAUGGCAGUAAAUUUGUACGAUCACCUCCCCUUCCUGAUGACGCGGCUCAAGACGUAAAUAAGAUAGAGGAAGGGCUUUCAGAACACUUCGGCAAUGUAGGAAGUGGGAUUUUAAAAAACACCUUUGUCAAAGGCAGGCUUCCAACAUACAAUACAAGCAUUUCCAAAAACGGGGAACAGUCGGAAAGUCAAUGGAAUGAUCAGAACAGCAACAUAAAGGGAAAUUAUUUAUCAAAUAUAAAAGUAGAAAAAACAACCUCUCAAUACACUCAUUUAUCCACAUUGAAUCACCACCAUACUAAUUCGGCAACGAGUCUCACACUGACUACUUUAGACUCGAUUACGUUAACAGCAGACAUGGACGGACGUUUGAACAGACAAAAUAUAAAUGUACCCGUUUUGAACGUAUCACUGACUAGAAAUCGAAAAACAAAUCAGUUUGUCACAAGUUUUCAAAGAUUUCUGAACACUUCCUUGGUGACCACUGUCCAUAGCUACGGUGACUCGUUCCACGAACGAAGCACCUCGAGUUUCAGUGAUGGCCAGCCAAAGAAUUCAGACGAUGUCGGGGUUAAUGGAGAAUCAGACAUUCGGCCAAUCAGGUUCAACUUGACAAGCUUACUGGAUACAUUGAUGUUGGCGUAUGACAGGCGACUUCGACCUGGAUUUGGAGGGCCAGCUCUAGUGGUGAAAGCUGAUAUAGAAAUAAGAUCAAUGGGGCCCAUUUCUGAAAAAGAUAUGGUCUAUUCACUGGACUGCUACUUUCGUCAAGUCUGGACUGACGCUCGCCUGGCCUUCAACGCCAGCAUUGAGCGGGUGACUAACGUAUCUUUGAACGUCAAGAUGCUGGAUCGUAUCUGGCACCCGGACACCAUCUUCUUGAACGGGGGGUCAUCCUACGUGCAUACCAUCACUACGCCCAACAAGUUCUUUCGUCUGUCCCACGAUGGCACCGUCCUGUACUCACAGAGGCUAACAAUAAAGGCCAGCUGCCCAAUGCACCUGGAGAAGUUCCCCAUGGAUACACAAAAAUGUCCUUUACACAUAGCCAGCUUUGGCUACCCGGUGGAAGACGUCAUAUACGAGUGGCACUACGGCAAUGAUCUAGCGGCUGUGGCAUCCAGCGACAUGCGCCUGUCACAGUUCGACCUGAAAGGAAUGCCGGCCUGCAAUAUAACCAAACUAUUUAAAGGCACGCAUCAUUCCAUUCUUACAGUAUAUUUUGACUUCCGGCGACACACAGGAUACUUUCUGAUCCAAGUUUAUCUCCCCUGCUGUCUCCUGGUUGUCCUGUCUUGGGUCUCCUUCUGGAUCAACAGGGAAGCAACGUCUGACAGAAUCUCACUUGGCUCUACCACAAUGCUCACCAUGACGUUUCUGGUGCUGGACAGUCGAAAUGACCUUCCCAGGGUGGCCUACUCCACGGCUCUGGACGUCUACGUCUUUAUGUGUUUUUGUUUCAUCUUCGCCUCCAUACUUCAGUUUGCAGCCGUCCAUUUCUUUACCAAGUACGGCACAGGCGAGUGGGAUGUCAAGCCUGCUGACUCGGACGAGGAGGAAGAAGACGAUGACCCCUUUGACCCCUGUGACACCAAUGAUGAAGUCAAAAAAACAAUCCCUUCGGAUCCCAUCACAGCAUGUUUGAGUAAAAUGUGGCGAUGUAUUAUGAGCACAAGAAGUCGAAGUUUUAACAAGAACGUACGCAAUGCCAUGGGGCUUAACAGCGUCAGCAAGAUUGAUCAGGUGGCUAGAGUUCUCUUCCCUGCGGCCUUCUCUGGACUCAACAUUGUUUAUUGGAUGUCGUAUUGGUCCUAAAGAGAUUAUUUUGAGAGUGCGAUACGACACUUAAGUCUUUGAACAGUGUGAGAUGAAAGGAUAAAGUCACUGAUUGCAAUCAUGUCUACAUAACGAUACUAAUAAUGCAUUUUUUGUUGAGUUGUUGUUAUGGAGUGUGUGUGUGUGUGUGUUUCUAUGGUGACGGAGGGAAGAGGUUAGCGAUUUGGUUGGUGGCUUUGCAGUGUGAAUGGUGCAAGAUAAGUGGCAAUGUUGUAAGCUGUCUUGGGUAGGACAGACGACUCCAGAUUGUCAGAGUGAAAAGACGUGUUUUCUGUAGCGUGUUCGAUUUUGUGCAAUUUAUCAUUUUACAUUAUUAUUAAAGUUUUCGAUAAUUACUGCAUUUUAUCUCAAGUUGAAUUUGUUUAUAUUGUAUUAAAAGUUAUAUUAAGUUGUGUUCAAAAGAAGUUGCGUUAUGUAAAGUUUUAUAACUAAAAUAACUUAAAAUAUAUUACGUCUACAGUAGUGUAGUUGUCUACCAGCAGUUUGGUACUACUAGACAAAGACCGUUCACAACAGUUACAAUCACAGUUAUUUCCCCUCCAAUAAUACUUUGUCCAAAGUCUGGGUAGAUUCUUUCAGGACAUUGAGUAAUAUUUCUCAAGGUAUGAUUAGUCCAUUAUUUGUUUUAAUACCAAAUGACUUUGUCUACUACUAGAUUAUUUGAUCAGUUUGGUGACAUUUGCUUUACAACAAAGUAAUUAUAAUACACCCAAGGUAACUAAUCAUUCAGAAUCAAUUUGAUCAUAAAUGAAUACAUUCUUGUAUAAAUAUGAUGAAUUAAUUAUUAAUAUAUCUGUACUCAAUGUGCUUCUCAUUGUACAAUAUUUAAACAUGCAAAACAACAUUAAAUUACUGAUAUUCUAGUGUGUGUGUGUUCAUGCAUACAUCAAAUAUUUUGGGACGUUCAAUGCAAUGCUAAUUUUAUUUUUCUUAUCAAACACAAAGGCGUUUAAGAACAUGUCUAGUUUUGGAUCAAAAAGGUUGAUAUUGUGUCACUAAGAACAGGGCCAGCUUUAGGCAUAGGCAAACUAGAAAGCCGCCUAGAGCCUCCAAUUGGUGGAGGCCUUGCACAAAACUUAACAUUUUUUUAAACAAGAAAUUGCGAAACUUGUGCCCAAUGUUAUUGUUGCAGUAGACCAGGUGUUUAAUUUAUUUCUCGAUGUUUAUUUGUAAUUUUUCUAUUUCAUUUGGGGGUCACCAAAUUCACUUCGCAUAGGGCCUAAAAUUAUCUAAGGCCAGCCUGCUAAGAAGUUUGUCAAU